AUGGCAGCCUGUACACCUGUCGUUGUUGUGGUGAACGUAGAUGGUUCGCUGGUUCAGCAUCCUCUAACCUGCCUGGGUUCCUUCAACCGAGAGGAGGAGGGUUGGAGGAGAGAUAAUGACUGGGUGUGGCGGAGAGAUGGAGAGGAGGAUGAGGAGAUCCUAUGGAUGAUGGGUGGAGAGGAGAAGAAGAAGGGGAAUAGCUUCCUUGUCAACCUGGAAGAGAGAACUGGAGGGGGGAUCUUUACAUGUCACAGCCUGGAUAGAACCCUCCUGAAGAAUACUACGGUGCUGGUCAAACACCUGGAUGAACAGAAACGCAUUCUAGAAGGAUCCACCAGAACAGGCUAUAUGAAAUGUUCUACAUGGAACUACCAAGGAGAAUUCCACUGCUCCUGGAAAUUCACCACUAAACGUGUUGGGACCAUCAUGUCUGUCAGAGUGGCACGUGGCCUGUCUGAUUCGGAGAACAUCAGCUGUUCUGUGGACGCCAGUGGACAGCAGUGGACAUGUUCCUCUUCGUCUGGCCUGAGUGACAUCAUGUGUUCUGUGAACAGUAGUGGACUGGGGCUGUCCUGUGUGGACAGACAGUAUUGUCCCUAUGCUGAGGAGACUGACCGGAUCACCCUGACCAUCUACAUGAGGACUAACUACCUGCUGGAGGAAUACUCCCAACGCUUCUACUUAUCAGAAAUUGUGAAGCCAGACAAGGUAUCCAUUAAGAAGGUGAACAGCAGUACUAUAGAGUGGAGCUAUCCUGUCUCCUGGAACAGACCCAUCUCCUACUUUCCCCUCUCCUUCCAGGUCAAAGAGAUCAAAGGCAGAGAGCGCAAGAACGGGUGCACAUGUGAUUCUCCCUGCACAAAGGUGAGGACUACUGUCCACACCACAGAGAGCCGCCAGUGGUCAGUAAAGGCCAAGGUGGUGGUGUGCGUCAGGUCCCAAGAUGCCCUAUGUGACUCCCCCUGGAGUGACUGGACAGAGUACAGAAGAAGCAACAUUGACAGAGGAGGAUACAGGUUGUCAGGUAUCGGCGGAUACGACCCUCACCAAGAUGAUGCAGCAGCACGGAAAAAGAAAAUGGUUUUAGAAAAUGUGAACGUUGUCUCCAAAAUGCUACAGGCCAAAGACGCAGAGCUGCACAGGGCAGUCAGCCUACUCAAGGACAUGAUAGAGGUCCUGUCCGGAAUCCCACAGGACUUGUAG